AUGAGCGGCGGGGCCGGGGCCGGGGCCGGGCCCGGGCCCGAGGCCGAGGCGGCGGCGGCGGCUGCCGCCGGGCCCGAGCACCGGGUCCGCAUCGUGGUAGAGUACUGCGAGCCCUGUGGGUUCGAGGCAACGUACCAGGAGCUGGCGAGCGCGGUGAAGGAGGAGUAUCCCGACAUUGAGAUCGAGUCCAGGCUCGGGGGCACAGGUGCCUUCGAGAUUGAAAUUAAUGGGCAGCUGGUCUUCUCCAAGCUGGAGAAUGGAGGCUUUCCCUACGAGAAAGACCUGAUCGAAGCGAUUCGCAGAGCGAGGAAUGGGGAACCGCUCGAGAAAAUCACCAACAGCCGCCCGCCGUGCGUCAUCCUGUAGCCCUGGCCACGUCCCUGUGCUAAGCUGGGACCUCCCAGUGCCUGCCGGCCCCCCCGGACCCUCCCACGUUUCGCUCCUCUCCGCCUCCCUUAGCUCCCUGCGCGGCUGGGGACGUCGUCGGGGAACGCGGGCACGUGGGGAGCCCCCCGGGAAGGCCGCUGCCUGGGGGGGCCGGGCCAGCCCUGCCGUGGCAGCCGUCGCCUCAGGCGGCAGCUCUUGCUGACCGCGGUGGUUACAGCCGCGUGGCUGUAGCCAGGCGCAGCACCGGGGUGGCGCGUCCCCAUCAGUCCUGGCCCGCUGAAGGGUGUAACCGUGGUACCGCUUAGCUUCCCCCGAGGCGGGGAGAGCGCUUCCCUGCCUGCCUUUGCCAUUCCCUUUCCUCUCUCCGGGCUCGGGCUCCUUAGAGGGCCCAGCGGGGCAGGGCGGGCGCACGGAAGGGUUUUCCUCCCAUAACUGCUGGAGUCUUGAGGGAGUUCAACAAACCCUCGCGUGCCCCCUGUGCCGUGGGGCCCGUGAACGCUCUGCACAGCCCUCAGGGGAGCCAAGUGUGGUGUACGCAGGGGGUUUUGCAGAUUCAGACCUUCCAGGAGAUUAAUGCAGAGGAAAACCACUUACUUUCUGUAAACUUUGGCAUGAUUUGUUAAUGAUUAAAGUCCCUCCUGUCACUGUUUAAACUGGUGCAAAGGCAGUGGGGACUGGCUGCCCCGUCUGGGCCUGGGAACCCCUGCUUGGCUCUGUCCCCAGAGCCGAGAGGUUUAUUUACCAGCCGUACACUUCCCCCUCCUCCCCUUUCUCAGGCGCUCGCACUCAGCUCUUGCUCUCCGCCUGUUGUGACCCUGCCCUUUGCCACGGGGCAGCCAAGCCUGGGGGGAGUGUGGCUGUGCCAGGGGAGUGCCAGCGUGGGGGGGCUGGCGGUGCCGCUCCCCUGGCGCGGAGCCUGCGUGCCAAGCUGAGGGUGGGGCACCCUAUUUAUUCUAUACUGUGUAUAAACCCAGUGACCUGGUGCUGAAUAAAGGACAGAGGAGAACAUG